UCCUUUUUUACAGUUUUAUUUUAUUUUAUUUGUAUUUAUUUUUUUACAGUAAGUUCCGCUUGUCUCUGUCACUUGUGAGAAACAGAGGUGAGGGAAGGCUAUCUCUGCACUCCUGUGCUCCGCUCCUGAAGGAAGGAAUGGAGAAUCAGCGAAACAGCAGAAUAUUAAAUCAACUCCAUAAAUCAUUUGUAUUACAUUCACGGCUCUACGAAAACACGCAGAUGAUAAUAUUGUUGUAUCUGUUGCUUCUGGGAGGUGUUUGUAAUGCAGAAACUGAAGAGACAAUGUCAGUGAUGGAAGGAGAUUCUGUAAUUCUACACACCAAUCUUUCUGAAAUACUGAACGACGAUACUAUACUCUGGGGAUUUGGACCUAAAGAAUCAGUCAUAUCUACAAUAACUAGAAAGAACGACUUGACCUCAUUCUUUGUCACCGAAGAAGUGACAUUCGCAGGCAGAUUGCAGGUGGACCAACAAACUGGCUCUCUCACCAUCAGAAACACCAGGAAGAUACACUCGGGACAAUAUAAACUAACAAUCUCUAGCAAAAAGACCACAUCCAGGAUAUUUCAUUUGAAUAUCUUUGAUGUGGUUGGAGAGACCGAUGGAGUGAAGUCAGUGUCAGUGAAUGAAGGGGAAUCUGUGAUUCUACAGAAUGAUGCUGCUGAAUUACAGAAAGAUGAUCUGGUCAUAUGGAGGUUUGGAGAUAAAGGCAUCCUCCUAGCUAAAAUCGAUGUAGAAACUAACAAUCACUCCUUAAAUGAUGCCGAUGAACGAUUCAGAAACAGACUAAAACUAGAUCAAACUGGAUCUCUGACCAUCACAAACGCCAGAACCGAACACGCUGGACUGUAUGAAGUACAGAUCAGAGGCCGCGGGAGCUCAAAGCAGUUCCUUGUUUCUGUCAGGGCUGAUUUGGGUUUGUCUUCAGCUGCCAUAGCUGGGAUAGUUGUUGCUGUUCUGCUGGUGGCUGGACUUUUAGCUCCUGUUGUGAUUUACUAUCGCCACAUGAUCUCUGAAGUAAAAAAUCAAGAGGCUGAGAUAGUAUCCGAGAUGGAAGGAAGAACUGUCGCUCUACGGACCGGUACUAAACUACAGAACGGUGAAGAGAUCAAGUGGUGGUUCGGAGAUGACCACAAUCCCAUAACCCAAUUCAGUGGAUGGACCAUUAAAGAUGAUGAUAUAAAUUGUGAUGUUACUGAUGAGAGAUUCAGAAGCAAAGUGCAGCUGGGUGGUAAGACUGGAGAUCUCAUUAUCAGUUAUAUCAGGACCAUACACUCUGGAGUCUACAGAGUACAGAUCACCGGCAAAACCAGAAAAACCAAAUACAAGAAGAGAUUCUUUGUUACUGUCAAUGUAAUGAAAGUGCCAGUGAUGGUUGGAAAAUCUGUCACUCUAAAGACUGAUAUUGAAAUAAAGGAAGGAGAUCUGAUACUGUGGACCUUUGGAGUUAAAAACGGUCUCAUUGUUAAAGCUGAAUCAGGAAAAACUACUAUUAGUGAGAGCUUCAGAGGCAGACUGCAGCUAAACGAACUGCUGAUCAAUGGAUCUCUGACUAUCACAAACAUCACAGAUGCAGACUUUGAACAUUUUCAACUACAGGUCCUCAACAGCAAACGGAACAGAUUCAGGAGAUUCAAUGUGAUCAAAGCUUCCGAAGAAGAGUGUGAAAUCUAUGAUGAGCAGCAGGGGACGAGUUCACCUCAAUAAGACACGCCCACCACUGUCAAUCUUUGUGACAUCAUCAACUGAAUGUCCAUACGUCUCAAUGUUCAUACUAUUCAUCCUAAACAGUAUGUGAGAUUAGAAUAAGCGUGUCCUAAAGCAUAGUAUG